CUGUCGCCCCCUUCAGGGCCCGCUCGACGCGCAGGCGCAAAGGCGCGGCCGGCGGCCAGCGACUCCGCGGCUCCGGCUCCGGCUCCGGCGCUGGGCCGCGUCUGCCGGGCUGCUAGGCAGCCGCGGGCGCGGCGGGCCGGGGUGGGCGCCGCCAUGGGCUCGGGCUGGAGCAGCGAGGAGGAGCGGCAGCCGCUGCUGGGGCCCUCGCUCGGGACUGGGCCGGGGCCGGCGCGGAGGAGCCGGGAGGCGGCGGCGGCGCUGCCCGCGGCGGGCCCGGGGCCCGGGCGGGUGUACGGGCGCCGCUGGCUCGUCCUGCUGCUCUUCUCGCUGCUGGCGUUCGCGCAGGGCCUGGUCUGGAACACCUGGGGCCCCAUCCAGAACUCGGCGCGCCAGGCCUACGGCUUCUCCAGCUGGGACAUCGCGUUGCUCGUGCUGUGGGGGCCCAUCGGCUUCCUGCCCUGCUUUGCGUUCAUGUGGCUCCUAGACAAGAGAGGUCUGCGGGUGACUGUGCUUCUGACGUCCUUCCUCAUGGUUUUGGGUACUGGCCUAAGAUGCAUACCCGUAUCAGACUUAAUACUUAGAAGAAGAUUAAUCCAUGGAGGACAGAUGCUAAAUGGGUUGGCAGGCCCAACCGUAAUGAACGCGGCACCAUUCCUCUCCACGACGUGGUUUUCUGCAGAUGAACGGGCCACUGCCACGGCCAUUGCAUCGAUGCUCAGUUAUCUCGGUGGAGCAUGUGCGUUCUUGGUUGGACCACUUGUUGUUCCAGCUCCCAAUGGGACAUCGCCCCUCCUUGCUGCAGAGAGUAACAGGGCUCACAUUAAAGAUCUCAUCGAGACUGUGUUGUACGCAGAAUUUGGAGUUGUCUGCUUAAUAUUCUCUGCAACACUAGCUUAUUUCCCGCCCCGGCCUCCUCUUCCACCCAGUGUUGCUGCAGCUAGCCAGCGGCUGAGUUAUCCACGCAGCUUUUGCAGAUUAUUGAGCAAUUUGAGAUUUCUGAUGAUUGCUUUAGCAUAUGCUAUACCACUCGGUGUAUUUGCUGGCUGGUCGGGAGUUCUGGACUUAAUUUUAACACCAGUGCAUGUCAGUCAAGUAGAUGCUGGCUGGAUUGGAUUUUGGUCUAUAGUUGGAGGCUGUGUUGUUGGCAUAGCUAUGGCAAGGUUUGCAGACUUUAUCCGUGGUAUGCUGAAACUAAUCCUCCUCCUCCUCUUUUCUGGGGCGACAUUAUCAUCUACGUGGUUCACCCUGACCUGUCUGAACAGCAUCACACACCUACCUUUGACCACAGUGACGUUGUACGCCUCCUGCAUCCUCCUGGGAGUGUUCCUGAACAGCAGUGUGCCUAUAUUCUUUGAGCUCUUUGUGGAGACUGUCUACCCAGUUCCAGAAGGAAUUACAUGUGGAGUUGUCACUUUCUUAAGUAAUAUGUUCAUGGGAGUACUUUUAUUUUUUCUCACAUUUUAUCACACAGAAUUGUCUUGGUUCAACUGGUGCCUUCCUGGGUCGUGUUUGCUUAGUCUCCUCCUCAUUCUGUGCUUCAGGGAAUCCUACGACAGACUCUAUCUUGAUGUGGUUGUCUCAGUGUAAUAGCACAGCCUGAAGGAGUUUAAAAGGAGACUGCAAAUCAAUACUGCACACUGCACAUUUGCUCAGAGUUGCACAUCUAAGAGGAAAGAAAGGAGAAGAAAACUUCAUUCAGAGGUUCUGUUGAGUUACAGAUUAUUGCAUUAAUUUAAUUACUAGUAGUAAUAAUGCAGGACUGACUUGCAUGGGAAUAGGGAAUUUUAAAACUCUACAAGUGAUGGAUGGACCUGUGCCCGGAAGGCUGAGGUCUUACACGUGGAGCACUACCUGCCAUGGGUAAUCCCUUCUGUGUGCUGUGCCAGUGCUAAUACUAAGUCGGGGUGACUGGGCAAAGAAAGGAAGGGCAUUUGUCACAUGAAGAUACCUUCUCGAGUCACACGACAGAUCAGAAAGAAAUGCCACUAACUUCUCAAGGAAGUUUAAGCCCUAUAUAAUACCAGAUUUUAAUACAAAAUAGCUGAGUGACGUACUGGAUAGAAAUUAGCCACGUGUACACUACAUGUUUUUCUAAUAAAGCCGUUUCUUAUGAGUCUUUAUUUUUAAUCAGGUCAGAAACUUCUGGCCUCCUUGUCAUGGUGAGAAGUGCUUUCCAGAGACUUCAGAAUAUAGGUGCUGUGUCUGCCCUUGUUUCUGUGAAUACAGUUUCAUCUGCAAAGCCCUAAAUCAUUGUAGCAAGGAUGACUAAAUGUUUGAUAGAGCCACACUGAUUAUAUGAAGAGUGUAAUUCCAUUGAUUUAGGACUUUGUUAAAAGAGAAAUGAUAACCACACAGCAUGUGUGUCUCCAACCUAUACAUGGCGGCAGGAGCUGUAAAGCCCAGCACUGACUGUUACUUACCAGGGUUAUAUUUUAUUAAAUGACCUUUGUGUGAAAAGAACAAUUUAGAACACUGAAACUUUCAAAACCGUAUGCGUGAUUUCUGAGUUGUAUCCUUGUGUCUCAAUUUAGGAUAUAAAAUACCCAAUUCUGUAUGAACUCAGAUGUAUUUGGCAGGGCAACAUUUUGCCAAUACAUGGUUUCUUUCUAUGAAUAAUAGACAUUUUUAAAACUAAAAGUUACUCGUUGGCGGCUCUCAGAUAGGUAGUCCACUAUGAAUGAAGAGCACUCCAAUGCAAAAGCGAUAUUCCUCCGGAAGAUGGAGAGGAAAGAUUUUCCUUGAUUAGUCUGUGCUUCCUCCAGCCCCCUCUCGUGGAAACCACCCUCACUUGAAAUUGUCACUCCAUUGUCAACUAGCUGUGUGUUUUCUUUGCCUUGUUCCUGACCUUGGUCCAAGUGGGAAAGCAAAGGGAAGGACAGAGGGAAAAUCUCUGUAGCAUGUGCACACCACCCACCGUACCCCCAGCACCACACACCCCAGCACCUCUCUGGUCCUUUAACAAGUUUAUGGCUUUGCACUUACUCACCUCAACCCUGGAGGAGGAUUCUAGGACUCCCUUGCGUCUUCUAAGACACUUCUUUCCAAUUGUGAAACUUGGAAUGUCAGAAAAUCUACGAAUAUAACACCCAACUUCAGUGACCUUUCAACCAUCUCCCUUUCUAACUUUGCCCAUUUUGGGCAGCAAAAAGGAACUUGUUAAAGAGAAGAGGUCUUAGGGCCAGGGAUUGAGCUCAGCAGUGUAAGCACCUGCCUGGCAAGCGUCAGGUCAUGAGUUCAAUCUCAGGUACCAAAAAAAAGAAGAGAUCUAUGAAAGCUAGGCUUUGUUCCAUUAACACAUUCUAGAAUGAGUAAAAGUACAAUAAAAAGAAGGCAGAAUUCUGGAUGAUUGAAAGCCAGCCACUGAGGAGAUCAGCGGGCCAUGACCAGGUUGCUAAAUAACCACCGCCUUUUCAGGUUUCGAGAGGAGACAGAAGCAAAGGGGGUGGUAUAAGGGAUUUGACCUUAGCCACAGCUGCUGUGUUUAAAGACAUUGCUGUAUAAAAUCCUGCUAUAAUAAGACCUCUGAUGUAGAACUUUUUAAUUAAGUUAAUUAUACUUUUAACACAAAACACAGAAUAACAUGUUAGAAAAAAUUGCCUAAAUGACCGAUUUAGUUCAAAGGUACCCCAAGUGGGUAGUGAUUGGCACCUCUUGCGUUGUACCGGGCACCAACUCUGUUCAGUUUACAUUAGAUGAGAGGAAGCCAGCUAUCUCCUCUGUGUUGGCUUACCCCUCCAGAACAACCCAGUCACAAACUGCAGCUGUUUUAAGUGCUCAGAAUUUCAUCUGCAAACCUGGUAGGAAGGGAACCUGGGCAUAGAUAUUAUUUAUCUGAAUAUUGCAAAUCAUAUUGUCUUUGUUCUUAUUUUUAGUCUGCAUCAAAAUAGACAAGUUUUAGCUUUGUACUUUCUUAAUGGGGGGGGGCGGUAACCAAGGAUUAAACUCACAACCUUGCACUUGCCAAACAGGUGCUUAUGCCGCUGAGCUAAAUCCCUGACCCAGCUUUGUACUUUCUAAACAAAACCCAAAUGACCUUUUAUAACUGUAAGAAAUCUUAACCUUCCACGGACCCAAACCCUCAUUUUAGAAUUCCACAGAAUCUAUCCAUAGAGAGGUAAAGUAUCUAGCCAAAAUACUAGUUUUGGUCUGCCCUCUGUGUCCUUGGGAUUGGUUCCAAGAUCCCCAGCAAAUACCAAAAUCCUUGGGUGCUCAAGUCCUUCAUAUAAAUUGGGUUAGUAUUUAUCAUUUAUAAACACCCAAACCAAACCUCAUGGCGGCCUGGAGCUUAUAAAUUGUAAUCCCAUGGAAAAGUUACUGGAACUCUCACGAAUAAAUUCCAGUCUACCACAUCCAGUGAGACCUAUGGCCAGAAAAGAGACAGAGAUGGCAUCUGCAGUUAUGGGAAGCCCAGAGGGUCUAAAGUCCAGGCAGAGGCCAACCCACCCAGGGCCAAACCCAGUUUUAAUCCUUUGUGAAAAGGAAAGUGGCUCAGGGUAGAAUGACUGUGAGAAUAGCAGGAACUAGGUGAGUUCUGCUACCUGGGCUAGGUAGGGGGCACAAUGGCACCUCUGCAAUAGGCAGAGAGAUUUGCAGAAACUACUAAAUUUGGAGAAAUCCGCAUAACACAGUCUCAAGAAGUACCUUGUUUUUUAGGUCGACUUCCUUAGCUCUGAUGCAGGCCUUAAUUGCCUAGGACAUCACUGCCUCUUUCUCAAAGCUCCACCUCAGCUGACAGCACAGUGUCUUUCAGCCUAGCUCUCCUAGCCAGCUCUGUGCAUAUCGUACGCAGGAGUAGUGCUAAGGUGAGCCAAAAUAGAGGCACAUCGUCAUCUUUCAGGGGAGCUGUCUUGAUAGUUCUCCAGGUGUCCACUACCCAGCCCUUGGGCCGUGUGCAUCCCUGGACAGCUAGUGACUCAGUCCCCCAAGAUCAUGUACUGUGAACAUUAUUAUGUGAUGUUUAUUUUAUCGUAUGAUUGGUGCUUAAAUGCCAGACUGUGUAGGGGAGGGCACAGUGCCUGCUCACUUUACCUCCGGUGUUCAUCACACACAGUCAAAUGGAAACCAGUGUGUGUCAGAUGUUUCGUGAACUUGGUGAGUAAAAUUCAGUGACUACUGAAAAUAGUAUUUCACCCUACCUACAUGCAUGUGUGCCCAAGACAGGUUGCUUUUUAUGGUUUUUUGAGAUGGUUGGUUGUUCUUUGUAGUAGUGGAGAUUGAACCCAAGGUCUCCACUCUGAUCUACAACUUCAGCCUGGCUUGAUUUUUGUUUUGAAACAGAUUCUCACUAAGUCACUAAGUUGCUCGGGCUGGGCUUGAACUUUUGUUUCCUCUGUCUCAGCAUCGAAGACUGCUGGAAUUACAGGUGUGUGUCAUCAUGCCUUGCAAGACAGGUGUGUGUUGUUAUUUAGAUAGGAAAUUCAUUCUUACUCUGUGUAGUCAAAAAUUGGAUUCUUGUGCUUUAAAUGAUCUCUAGAUCACUCGUAAUACCUAAUGCAAUCCUUCAGUUACAUGUAACUUCUACAUUGUAAUGUAUUAUUUAAGAAAGCAAAAGAAAAAUCUGUACUUGUUAAGUACAUAGGUAUUUUUCCCCUAAAUUUUUGUUUCUGUGUUUUAUCUUGCCUUGUUUUGUGUUUUUGAGACAGGGUCUCACUUCGCAGUUCAGGCUGGCCUUGAGCUCACUUUGUAGCCCAGGCUGGUCUCGAACUCCCAAUGAUCUUCCUUUCUCAGCCUCCCACGUGCUGGGAGUACACGCAUGCUCCACCACGCCCAGCUUUUCCCCCAUUAUUUUUUAUCUGCAGUGUGCUGAAUCCUUAGAUGUGGAACCUGUGACUGUGGAGGGCUCAGCACAGGGGUAAAGGAGAACUACGAUCAGUAUUUUGAAUCCUAAACUAGUUUAUUUUCACCACCUCUCAGAGUUGCAACUUGCUACAGACCAUUUAGGGUGUUCAUGAACAUUCUUCGCUGUCCAGAAAUGAUGGGGCUACAGAUAAACUGCCAGUACUGAGCACACAGUGUUCAGGGAACCAAUUGAGGUGACUGUUUGGUUUAGAAGUAAAGUUUCAAGUAAAUCAUUAUCCUAUAGGGUCUCUAAUGUCUCAAAAGGCUUAGCUUUCAGUGACAGUAUAUGAAAAGAUUCUGAUAAAUAAUCCAGUUCUCGUAAACCCAACCAACAGCGUUAUUAACUGGUAAGCACAUGUUAUGGUGUUAGCUCCCUGUGGCUUAUCAACUAAUUCUUACCACUUUAUGGGAAGAGGUGUUUUUUAACAUGAUCCAUGGUGGAAGUAUAGGAACAUGAUAAUUAUACACUUGCAUUUUACUGAAAAAUGGAGCUAACAAAACAAGAGGGACUCAAGUAUACAUUUAAUUUUGUAUAUUUAAACAUAUAUGGCCUAAGGGCCAGGUUUUAUCAUAGCCCAUAUAUUCAUAUUUAAUUACUGAGAAUGUUUAUAGCUUGUUUUUAUGAAGUCCUUCUAAUGAGUGAACUUAGCUAAGGGAUUUUAAGUUGAAGACAUCAAAUCCCCAUCUACAUUUAAUUAGUUGUUUUUACUCUUAUUUUUACUGAAAUCCAGGGAUUCAUCUUGUAGUCUGUCCUUAUACAUGCUUCAUUUUAAAUUCCAGAUCAAAUAAAAAUGCAUAGCAAAUUUGCUUCCAGUUAAUGUUAAAAGUCACAUUAAUUUCACAUUUGCUCCUACAAUAGGAAGUACAGACACUGCCGUGAUCAUACAUUACCAAGCAAGUGAAAAGCUGUGACGUGUAACUUUGAGUGUUGCUCAGAGAUACAGUGCUUGCCUAACAUGCACAAGGCCCUGAGUUCACUCCCCAGUACCACAAAAAAUAAACACAAAAGCUGUAACCUGAAAAGAAACUUUAAAAAAAGAUAUGGCAAUAAGAAGGAAAUACAGAAAACCAUGAGAACAUUUGAUUAGGCCUGUUUUAUAAACAUAGGGGAAAAUACACUUCCACUUUAAUUUGAAGUUAUCAUACAGAAGGGGACAAGAUAAAAUUCAUUUUUGUCCCAUCAAAUGGUUUGUUCUAGGAAAGAUAAUCAGUACUUGGGAGAUAGCACUGGACCGUCCUAGAACAGAUGAGUAGGAUUUGGAGUGCAGGUUUCAGGCAUGCACUCGGCUCCUUGUCUCAGGCAGUGAUUGCUGCUCACCACCUGACAUCCUGGCUCUCCUGUAUCCCAUCAAGUAUCCUCAUGUCUCUGCUAGACUUAAGCUCAGACUUAAGUAUUCCUCAGACUUAAGGAAUGACCCUAGGAACAAAUUCCAAGGCCCUUGGGAAACCCUCCGAAGUGUCAGCCCUGGCAGGGCAAUGGGCAGAGCUGGUAGACAGGUAUACUCCUCAGUCUCUAACUUAAACUCAUCUUCGGUCAGGUCUUAAACGGCACCAGCCUCACUCCGCCAUGCAGUUUCCCAAGGCUCUGGCUUGCCCUCUGCCUGCCUCAGCUUCAUCAGCUCUUGCAGGAAUCUGAACUCGGCUCCCUGGAGAAAGCUCAUUCUCAUCGGAAGGGUGAGCAGGGCCACGCACCUGGGUCUGCCUCUUCCAGACAGGGUGCUGGCCUGAGCAGAACCUGAGUAAAUCCAGGGAAAAGAUUAAACAGUUCUCACAUUUGCUCUUCCAAGUUAGAAUUUCACUAAAAUGGGAACUUGAGAGAUCUCUAACAGCGUGCCAUUAUUCACUGCAUUCUUAAAAUACGAGCUAAUUGCUUUAUGUGGCCCUUCAGUUAUUACCUGGCAGGCCUCAAACAAUAGCUUUUCAUUUCAGCCUACUCUCAAAAAGAGAGCACAAUUUACCCUAGCUGUUCAUUCAGCAAGGCUUUAUUUAAAUUUUUAAAAACAUAGCUAGAAAAUUAAAUAAAAGCAUGGAGUUGAUUUCAGCAACUUUGAUAAUGAUAAAAGGAUAUAAACCAUUUUAGCUCUAUAUUGGAAGGCUUGGAGACUCCAGAAGUUUAUUGGAAAAUGAACCCAAACACUGCAUUACUCUUCACAUUCUCCGCUGGGUUUUCUAAUUUAUACCAGAGGCUUCUGCAAUAUUGAACAAAAUGCAAGGGGAGACACUGUGUUUACCUCAGUGGUAGAAAGUGAUAUUUCUCAAAGCACUGUAGUAUAGUGUUUCAUUUAGAUUGGCUUUCCUCCCUUUUACUCAAAAGGAUUAUAGAAUGAAAGAAAUGAUCUAUUCUAACCACCUCAUUUAACAAAUAGGUAAAAAAUCAGUAGGGGCUGGGGAUUUAGCUCAGCGGCAUAAGCACCUGCCUAGCAAGCAGGCAGUCAUAAGUUCGAUCCCCGGUACCGAUAAAAAAGGAAAAAGACAAAAAAAAAAAAAAAUCAGCCUUGAGGUAUGACACAGCUGGGUUUUAGCAUGUCUCCACACUCCAAGUCCAGCCUUUUUCCAUAAAUGACCAAUAUCCUAGCCAAAAACAAUUUUUUGAACUAAACUUACUUUUACUUUUCAAGUUCUGAAAAUUAUACAAAAAGUACAUGAAGGUGGAACCAUCAUAAAAUGCCCAAGACCAGACUACAGAGUGAAGUCUCCUUCCCAUAAAUGUGUUGACUAAUCCUUUCUUUUCUCUGGAAGAAGCCAUGAUGGACCCUCUGUGCAUUUACAUAGAUAGGUAUAAAAGCUUAGUGGUCAUUUUAAAUUGAAUCAUCUAGGGAACUGUUUCCUGGACUAUGUUGGCAUAAAAUUUAUGGGCAGAAUCACGCAUUUCUGAGACCUUUAUUUCUCUCCCAGAUGAAUCUUCAUCAAAUGGAGCAGUGAUUAGUACAGAGAUUUCAUAGACCUAACUAUAUAGCCUCGAGCACCAUCGGAGUCUGAUGUCUAAAAGUGAACUGCAAUAUGCACUAUUCCAUUUUCUUAUUGGAAAUAUAGUGCCUAUGUUUAUAUCAACUACAGUUUCUGCACAGUGAGAGAAGGAAAUAAAUGACCCACUCCCAAAAUCCAGGUAGAUUUUCUUGACAGAGCUUUCUUGGCUCUCCUGUCUCUACAGAGGCACCCGGUUUUGUAGAGCACAGAAAGAUAAUAAGGUCAUGGUUUAAAAAUAAAAUCUCACAUAGAGACUACCAGUUCUUAUCAUCUUCCUGGUAACUUCCUCAGCUAUCCUGCCUUUCAAGCAAUUGGGAGAACUGAUAAACCAUAGCAGAACAGGAACCUGGCUUAAUAUGGUCACUUCUUCCUUUCCGGUCCUGUCCAGCCUUCUCCUUUCUGCCUCUUUCUUCCUGUUUCUGACUAUGUUUGGGAGCAAGCUGUGUGGAGGCCGGCUUGUGUGAGUUUCCAGCCACAGAGAAAAGAGCUGGCCAUGAGACUUCCCCAUGGACUGUACCAGAGGGCAUUCAGAGCAAGUCCUGGCUUAGGAUCCUCAGGCUCUGACUUUAUCCCAGACUGGGGACUUCAGAUAUUUGACCUUGAGCAAGUCACAUCCUUGCUAAUUUAUGCACAUCUGUAAACUAAGCCAGUGAACAAUGAGGAUCCCUUAGGCUUCUUCCAGUUCAGAAAUCCCAGUCCAUGCUUAUUUCAGUGUUCUAAAAUGAUUUCCAAUAGCGUCUCACCUGCAGUCUUUAAGACUAAUGAGCUUUCCUGCACUUUCAUGUUCCAUUUGUGGAGUAGCCCCCCUUGUGUGACCCCUCAUGUGUCCGUGAGCACAUGAAAAAUUAUGCUAAAAAAAAGAAAAAUUCUGCUACGUGCACUUUCAACAAGAAGGAAUGGCUUUUUGUCAGUGGUAAGAGAUAACUGCAGAUGCUGUUUAUUUUCCCAAAGGACUUUAUAUAUGAAAUGUGGAGUUUAUUAAAUUUAUCCAAUGCAAAAAAAAUUUAUCCAAUGCAUUAAGAGAAAAAUCUGUCAACUGAUGUUGGGGUAGCCUUCUGGGAGCCAGGUGAGGGUGCAGUGUCUGUCCCCUGGAAUCAGACCAAAUCAGAUACCUAUUUGAUUCAUUGUGAUGUGCCUUGGGUUUGCAGCUAUAGAAAUCAAACUGACAGGUCAGAUAGUAAAACUGAUCUUUGAACUUGGGUCUCUAGAGUUAUGUCAUGAAAGUGUUAUAAGUUGUUUUACAACGUCAAUUUCUACAUGGCCCCAAUCUUUUGGUAGAGCUCUGCAGACAUCUUACUAAGGGCAGUUACAGAAUGCCAAGGUAUGGUCUGUACACAGGUGUCAGUACACACAGCUUACCUGUGACUCUGAUGCAGGGACAGAUGCUAUGAGAGAGAGAAAUGAGCCCAAAGAGCAGCCCAGCAUGGAAGAGAUCUGGGUAAGUGGCCCCUUCUCCUUGGGCUACUGCUCCUCCCCUCUAGAUGGGAGAGUUGGAGUAGAUGUUCAUUUCAACCGAAAAAUUUUAUAGUUCUCCUAUCUACAUCUACUAGUCACACACAGCAGAAAGCAGAAAAACAUGAGUGCAGUAUUUUUUACCAAUACUACCAGUUUAAACGUUACCUUCUCCCUAAACUUGGCCCUUCCAGAAGGCCAUGUUGCUUGUGUUAGAGGCCCUAGGUAGACUGCUAUCAUGUCCACUUAUUGCUUUGUUCAUUUAUGUAUUUAUUCAUUCUAGAUACAGAGUAUAUUCUGGAUACCUGCACAGUGUAUACCUAUGAAAGAUAAAUGAAAAAAAAAAAAAAAGAUGUUUCUAUCCACUGGAAUCUUUUAGAAAGAUCUAAAAAAAAAAAAAAAAAAAAAAACAAACCUGAACUAACAAUGACAAGAAAUCAUGACAGUUUCCCAAAUACUUAAUCAUGCAUAUGAUUUUCUCAUAUCAUCACUAGCCACAAUUGAUUUCAAGAAAAGUUUAUUCUGUUCACUAAAAUUUCCAUCACAAAUAGGACCUGGCUCUGUCCUGGGGCAUAGAAUCAAUGUUGGCAGAAAAAAUCCCAAACCCUACUCUUACUCUAUUUCUGAUGAACUGGCUUAUCCUUCCUUUGGGAGGACAAGGAUGUUGGCUCCUAGCUUCCUCUUAAGACAGAAUUUAACAACUGCUACACACUGAGAUACACAUACCCCAAAGCUUCCAACAAGCUUUAUUGGUCUCUUUUCCAAUAAGGAUUUUAAUUUUACGGAAGAAUAGAUACUCAACACCAAAAGGAACUAUUCCUAAUGAUAAAUUUGAGACAUCAGCGGGCAAACAGGACCUUCUUUGGGUGCUGGAGGUUGCAGAACCCCUCGGGUCCCUGCCCUAGAGGGAGUGUCAUCCAGCCACAUCUGACACAUCUUAGGUUUGUCCUGCCUCCUAAGUGUUGGUGAAUCCAAAGAAUCUACCCCCACCGAAAGAAGGUCUAAUUUCUGCAGAAGAUUUUAAUUAAUUCACAUGUCAUAUUUAUUGACUUCCUUUCCCAUCAGAAAUGUGUCUUGUUGGAAGCUUUUGAAAAUUAAGUAUCAGGAAAACUUUACCAUCCUCCUCUACAGUUGCAUGCACAAAUCCCAAACAAAAUCACGAUCGUGGCCUGCACACCUAACUACUUAUGUGGGGUCCGUUCAGAGACUCAAAGUGCCUAGAAGGAACAUGGAGAGCUGGCGGGGGCACAGUAGGCUCUGCCCAGUGGAAUCCAGCUAGAAUUGGAGCUGCAUGUCCCUGGCAGCCAGUUUCUUAGUCCUUCCCUGACUCGGUCCUUCACACCGCACUGCUCUUCCUAGCCCUGUUAUUGCUGACGAAGUCAUGUUAGAACUAACACAGAUGUCUUCACUGGAGCCAGCCUCCCUCCCUCCUCUGCUGUUCUUGGGACCUGAGCCCUAGGAUCCUUACGCCAUGUGCUAAAGAAUCUUAAUCCCCAACUCUCCCGCUUUUCUUGUAAUUUGACUUGCUCUGCAAGGAAUGAAAAAUCGAUUGACAUCUUAGUCCUGUGUUUCUGUCUCAGAAUAGAGAAGCCCCUCCAUGUUUGUCCUUAUUUCACUCAAGCUUAAUGCAGACUCCCAGUGUAGGCUCUGUUCUGCUGCCUGGACUUGUCCUUUGCAUCUGACCGGGAAAGGGUUCCCUGAUGAGCAGGAUGCUAAUCCCUUACCUACCUCUCAUCAGUAUUUCUUUACCAGUCAUUUCUUUGUUAGAUCCCGAAAUGCAUCUCUCUUUUUAACUUAAAUAUUUCUUCCAUGAACUGCUCCUUUCCUCUUAAAGCAGACUAUUAUCUUUCUUCUUCUACUUCAUAAUACCAUUUGAACAUAGUGAAACACUCUAAAGUCAGACAUGGGUUUUAUCUUAGCCAAUAUUAAAUGCUGGAAGGAAUAGAUUAUAUAUUCUUAAAAGAAGAAGGAAAAGAACCAGCAUGGAGGAAUCUGUAUCCUAUAAUUCCAUCAGCAUCUUCUGGGCUCCUGUUGGCUGCUAGCUGCUGGACUAGACACUGAGACUGCGAGCAACAAGACAGAUUCUUGCCCUCAGAUUUGCAUUCCAGUGAGCCUAUUCAUAAAAAAAAAAAAAAUCCUAUAAUUCAAAGCCAAUAAAGCCAAAGAGUUCUUGGAAGCUUUUAGCUCAUUUCUACAGCUGUCUCGGUUUCUGCAUGGGAUCUUACUCUCUUGGGAAAAUAUAUUCUAAAUCUUAUUUUCUUGAGCUAUUAAAAAUCCAUGGUUCUCCCUAAUCAAAGUACAGUUAAAUGUGAUCUUCACAGAGUAACAAAUGCCCCUGGACAGCCUUCGAAAGGAAAAGCAGAAAAAUCUGUUUUGAUGGCUUGAGAAUAAGUGUCUCUUAGGGAAAACUAACAAGGUUCCAAAGAUUUCAGACGUGCUGACAUUCACUGAGGCAUGGGAUUAGGCCAAGAGAGGAGCCUCGUAGCAAGGGGGAGGAAAGGGACCAUGUAAGGCGAUCUGGGCGACCACACUGGUAGAGUUACGGAACUAUAAUGCAGGCCUAAGGGCUGAGGUAUAGCUCAGCCGUAGAGCAUGUGCUUAGCAUAUGGAAGUCCUUGGGUUCCAUCCCUAGCACCGUCAAGAAUAAAUAAACCAUAAACCAGCUCUGUAGACAUGUCUUUAAAAUGUCUGCUGAGUUGAAUUACUGGAGGAGGCUUGGAGGUGUAGAGUUGUAGUGGAAGCAGGCUCUGGAAAGCAGAACCAGAAAUUGGCUUCUUCUUACUGAGUCUUCUGGCCCAGGCUCCUGCCUGCAAGCACACCCCGCCUGCAGUGUGUCUCUGUCUGGCCAACUGCUUUCUCAGUUCUCGAGGGAUGGAGAUUCCACAGCCUCUCUGUUGUCUGUUCCAAAGCCAUUCCCUUAGUACUGAGACAUUUUUGCUUUCAAAGAAUGGGAGCAUCGAGAAACAGGGAAGUCAAGGGGAGCACAACAAAUUAGGGCAAAAGAUCCCAGCAGGAAGAGGAGAGGCUGAAGAUAAUUCAUACUUUCUUCCCUCUUAGCUCCUAAGCAGAUAGGAGGGAGAAGGUAGAAUCUCUAUGGGGACCCAGUUCUCCCAGAUCCCCUGACUGGUGCAGUGGAACCCAUGCUCUAAGGAAGCCAUGUGCGUCCAGACAUCCAGUGCUGCCCCAGAGGAGCUGUGUUUUAUUUAAAACUUGGCAUAAGCGCCUGCCUGGCAAGCGCGAAGUCAUGAGUUCCAUCCCCGGUACCGCAAAAAAAAAAACACCUGAAACUUUCACAUUCUCCCCUCCAAAAGAAUGUUCCUGGUACAUGCCUGUAACCCCAGCACUCAGGAGGCUGAGACAGGUAGAUCGCUACAAGUUCAAGGCCAGCUGGACUACAAAGUGAGUUCACAGCCAGCCUGAACUGCGUAGUGAAACCCUGUCUCAAAAAGACACACACAAAAAAAGUUUUAUGACUGGGGGCAAGCUCCAUACCCACUUUGUUGUGUUUCAUAUACUUUGCCAGAAUAAUUACUUUUCAAACCAAUUCUUGACUGUAGAUAAACCUAGGGAAGUCCGAGGAGGAUAGCAGGCUCCAUCAGGCUUUUCCAUCUGCUCCCAGCCUCAGCCAAGCAUCCCAAAGCAAGCCAGAAAGCCCACCUAUCCCAAAUCGCUCCCCAAAAGCCUGGGCUCUUUGGCUCUGUUCUUGAGCCAUGGGGCUAUUUGACCUGUCUCACACAGCUAGUUACUGGGCUGUCACAGCUCACCGGGACACUGCAGUCGGAUUAGGGAGCCAGGCAACCCUGGGUGCCAGAUGGGAGAAAGGUGACUACAGAAACAGAACCGAGGCGGCAGCUGGCAGGGAGCCUGCCUCGGUCCUGCCAUCGCCACUCUCCAUACUGGGGGCCUAGCAUGCCCGAAGGGCUUGCCCCACGUGACCCCCAACCUGCACCCCCACCUUGGGCCUCUCGGGUCUUGACUCUCAGGCUGCGCUCCCAUUCCCGUUCCCUCUGGGCAGCAGCACUGAGGCUCUAACUGCCUUCCUGCUUGGGGGAAGAGACUUCCGCAGUGGAACUCUGGCCACUACUGUGAAAUUGUACUCCAGCAAGCUACGACAGAGUCCCUGCCUCUGGGAGAGGGCUGGAACUUUCUCAGAGGAUGGGGGCCAACUCCUAAGAUUCCUCUCAACACCAGGACCUAGCUAACACGGCCACACCAAGAUACAGGUUCUCUGUGGGUGCCUUGAUGGCAAGGGCUGCCCUCCUGUGACACCCAUGUUCAGACUUUCUUCCUCUAACAGAGAUGAUGCGGCAAGAAUGGGUAUGGGGGUGGUCGAACGCUGCCCCCACAAAAACUUGCUGGGGUCCAGUGGGUACAGGAUCUGCCACCUGGGUGGGUGAAAAAUUUCAUGGCGACACAUCACAACUUCCAAAGUGUCCUGUGUUUUUAAGUAAUUCUUAACUGUGUAAAAAUUGUACUACACUUUAAUAAAAAGACAAUUUUUUUUUGCAUUUUACUUUUGUAAUAUGUGGGGUUUUAUAGAUUUUUAUUUUAAGGCCAAGUAUACUUUUGUAAGGAAAUGUUGAAGUCUUGAGUAUUUUUAUCCUUUUAGGGAACUAUAGUUAAUGUCAACUGUAAGCACUGAUAAAUAUUAUCCAUGUGCAAUUUUUCUUCCUUUCAAUCGGGACUUUUGAAGAAACUGUGUUUUGGCUUCACAUUUUAUUUAAAAUGCUGCUUCAUUUUACACAUUGUGAAUACUGAAGAUUCUGAAAAAUAAAGAUGCAUUUAAAUCUCUAUGCUGUUACACUGUGGAAAUGGUAAUGUGUAUUGCUUUGCCAAAGUGCUAAUUAAAUGUUUAAUGGUUUAGAACUUCCAGUUCAGAAUAGGGGUUGUCGUUGGCACUCAGAGCAGGGCUUCCGAGCGAGCCUCCAUGUCUUUGGAAAAUGCACUUCAGGGUGGUUCAGUUAGGAAAUACGGUGGUGUUGACAUUACAGUUCUCUUGCUUGUGGUUUUGCAAUAAAUGUGUAUUGGAAGCACUUGUGAUAA